CAUGGUUGCGUGCCUCUCACAAACUGCACUGCAACUCUUGCCCACAGGAUGUCUCUAGUAUCUGCAGGAGGUCGUUGAUCAGCUUGCACCCGUCGAUAGGGGGAACUCCCGCACACGCGUCUCUUCUCAGUGUUCUUGUGAUCUGUUUGUCCACGCUUCGUUCGCUUGUCCGUUGGUAGUUUGUCUACAUCUCAAGCACAUGUAUUUCAUAGUAACCCAACCCGUCAUCACUUAAUCUACGGAACCCUUGGCAGACAUAGCCUAGUUGCGUAUCUGGUCGAUCCUGGUUCUCCUCGGCCAUCAGUUCUGGCAGCAGCAUCGGGCCUCAUCUGACGAUCGUCCCACAUGGCGUCAUCGUGGCCGUCCGUUCCGCCUUGCGCGCCCACCAGUCGCCUGAGCUCGUGCAUGUCGGGCUCGUUGCCGCAGCGCCUGUGGGACCGGAGCGAGGGAGGGAUGGACGAGCUACGCGCCCUCAGCAUCAGGAACAACCCCCCGAGCAUCGUGUUCGACAACGUGUCGGACGAGCGGUCGACGCUGGUGAAGGUGGGAAGCGCGAGCCGGCACGGGUGUCUGCUGGAGGUGGUGCAGCUGCUGUCGGACCUCAACCUCCUCAUCUCCAAGGCCUUCAUCUCCUCCGACGCCGCCUGGUUCGUCGACGUGUUCCACGUGCGCGACUCAGCGGGCGAGAAGCUGCGAGACAGGCGCCUCAUGGCGUACAUCCAGCGGGCGCUGGGAGCGCCGUCGUUCGAAGAGGUUGCGCCAUCCGCGGCGUCCUCGCCGUCUCUCCGCGCUGACGCUUCCGCCCGCCCUCCUGCCCCGCACUUGCCUGCACCUCCCCACCACGCGCACUCCGCGUAUGCCACCCCCACGCGCUCUAUAUCCGCCAACCAAACCCUGAGCGCCGUCCCCCUCGUCCCAGGGACCCUCUCGUCCUUCGCCGCUUCAGCUGCUUCUGCUUCCACCGCUGCCGCCACAGCUGCCGCUGCAGCCGGCGCCGGUGCGAGCCCUGGUGCGGGCGAGGGAGCAGCGCCGCCCGCCGCUUGCUGCCUGGCGUCGUCGGCGCACACGACGAUCGAGAUCACGGGCGGGGACAGGCCUGGCAUCCUGGCGAACGUGGCGGCUGUGCUGGCGGCGGCGCAGUGCAACGUGGUUGGCGCGGAGGUGUGGACGCACAACGGCAGGGUGGCGUGCGUGGUGUGCGUGACGGACAACACGGCGGGGGGCGGCAGGAUCAAGGACCCGCUCAGACUGCAGCGGAUCAGGGCAGAGCUCGCCGCCAUCGUACGGCCUGCUGCGGCCGCCGCUGCCUCUCCGUCCGCUGUCUGCCACGCGGCUGGCACUGCGCCAAGUGCGCCUGCUACUGCGUGCCUACUUCCGCCACAAGUCCCCCCCCCAUGCCCUCAUGCCCCCGCCUCUGCCUCGCCCACCUCAUCCCUGAGCCCAGGCCUCUCACCCCCUCUGCUCCCUCCUCGCCCACCCACCGCCAUCCCGCCAUACGUGCACUCACAGAUCAUCCCCGCCGCUCCUCCCAAUUCCCUUUAUUCUGCCGCUCCUGCCGCCACCGGGACUUUGCUGUUAGGGGCGGAGGUUGCCGUGCAGGGCGGUAGAGGCUCUGCUGGAGUAGAGACAGGGCGGCAGGCGGAAAGGCCAGUAGCAGCAGCUGCAGCAGCUGUAGCAGCUGUAGCAAAGGAACAGAUGGCAGAGCAGGCGGCAGAGCAACGUGCCCUGCAGGCAGCGAUGCAGAUGCAACGACUGGGCGGGGUGCAGACGCCAUCAUCAGCAACAGCAGCGGGGGGAGGCGUGUGGACGGACGUGGAGUGGGAUUCGGUGGCGUGGCGAGGGGACAUGCGCGAGCGGGGGAGGGCGGAGCGAGGAGGGGGCGGCUUGGAGAGCACGUCGCUGCCCGUGACCAUGGCGCACGCGGAGCGGCGGCUGCACCAGCUGCUGUUCGCGGACAGGGACUAUGAGGACACCACUCCCCCGCCGCCCAUGCCGGCCGCCGCUGCCCCCACCGCGCCCGCUCCUCUGCUGCCUGCUGCUGCCAUGGCGUCGGGUGGGGGGCCGCGCAGUGGCUUAUGUGACGCUGGGGUGGUGGAGAGUAGCGAGAUGGACAGGCGGGGCGGCGAGCAGGGGGUGACAUGGUCGCAGCGGGUGCAGCCCGUGCAGAUGACUCGGCAGGCGCUCAUGCCCCGGCAUGCUCCCCUACCGUCGCCUCACUCCUUUGCCCAACCUGCCCUCUCAUCCUCACCGCUUUUCCCUCCAGCCGCCGCCGCAGCAGCUGUUGCCGUGCCUUCCUCUCUCCCCCCCGCCGUCCCCACUGCUGCAGCCGUCCCGUCCAUGCCUCCCCACCCUAGCAGGCCUGCAGGCGGGCCCGGGAUGGCCAUCACUGCGCCCAUGGGCUGGGCGGCCUCAGGACUUCCCUCUCAGGUGGUUUCAACAGAGCCAGGUGCUGAACAACGUGCAAGUGGUCUGGGGCGGCAGGGGUGUGUGGGAGCAGCAGGUGCCGGCAGUGGUGGUGCGUGGGUGGGUGGGCGACUGAUGGGGUCUCGAGCCCCGGCGACAGGAGGGGUGGUGGGCAGGAGAGGGAGGAGAGGCGGGGCAAUUGCAAGCACCGGUUCGACCACUCCGGGUUUCUGCAGUACUGUAAGCGGCAGUGGCGGUGGUGGGAAUGAUGGUGGUGGGAGUGGCGUGCGGGUGAGUGUGCGCAACAGUGUGGAGCGGCAGUACUCGGUGGUGCGCGUGCGCUGCCACGACCGGCCGAAGCUGCUGUUCGACACGGUGUGCACGCUCACAGACAUGGGGUACAUGGUGCACCACGGCGCCAUCAGCUCGCACAAGGGAUGGGCCAUGCAGGAGUACUACAUACGGCAGAUGGACGGUGGCACUCUGGAGUCAGAGGCGGAGAGGCAGCGAGUCAUCAAGUGUGUGGAGGCAGCAAUCGAGCGCCGCACACCCAAGGGAGUGCAUCUGGAGGUGUGUGUGGGCGACCGGGCGGGUCUGCUAUCAGACGUGACACGGGUGCUGCUGAGCGAGCAGCUGUCGGUGGCGGCGGCCAACGUGAGCACGCGCGGCGCCACGGCUGUGGACCACUUCAUCGUCACGCACCCCUCCGGCCGCCCCGUGGACGUGCCGCGCGUGCUGGCAGCGGUGCGGCGCCACAUGGGGCCACAGGCACAGGUCACAGUCACAGGCGUCGCCGCUGGGGACGAGGGGGAAGAGGGGGCAGGGGAGGUGGUGGGGAGUGGAGGCAGUGUGAGUGGGGCAGCGGCUGGCUCAGGUGGUUCAGGCGGGCAGCGCCAUGCGCCGGGCAUGCCUCGCAGUCGCAGCUGUGGGUGGCAGCCCAGCUGGGGGGGCAAGGGGGCAGCCGGAGGGACGGGGGCUGGCAGCAGCAGCAGGUUGGGUCCGAGGGAUAGGCAAUUGGGAGGAAACGAGGGGGAGGAGUCUGGGGAGGACGAGUUUGGGCUGGCGGACGAAGAUGAGGAUGAGGGGUGGGGUGUGGGCGGGGCUAUGUUUGGCAGUGGAGAGGGGGGUGAUGAGGGUGAAGCGGAUGAGGAGGGGGGGGAGUCAUCGUCCAUCCUGGGUGCUGUGUGGAGGCAGUCGGAGUGGCUACUCUCGUCACUGGGCUUUGGAACAAAGGCUCAUGUCUGACCCAGUAGAUGGUGUGUGGAGCAUGUACGCUCGUCUCUCUUUGCUGGACUCGUUCACUGACAGUAGCUCAACAGCUCGUUUCUUUGGGUUCUGCAACUUUCGAAGCAGUGGGGGGGGGGGGGGGGGGUGUGGGGGGGGUAGGAAAAUCUCUUGCAUUUUGGCGUCAUUGCGGCCUUGGUCUGUAGACGCUGGCCAUGCCAGCACAUGGCCCAAGGCUGUCGGUGGUGGUGUGUGCUUCCUCUGUACAUAUUAUACAUAGUCUGUGUGCCACAUCACCACCAGCCAGCGGACCUUGCUGCGGUAGAAUGUAACUGAACUGAUUCCCGAUAGCUGAGUAGCAUUUUAUGGGACCUUACAAGGCUAGCUGUAACCACCUUGGCUGUUAGGACUUGCUCAUGUUACAAGUCUACCGCAAUUGUUUCCCAAGCACAAGG